AUGGUGCGUACUACAAACAUCAAAUCAAUCUUCUUCACCACUCAAGCAUUACUUGGGAGGCUCGCGCUAGAGGGAAAACCCCUGGUUGAGAGAUGCGGCCCUACGGGUGUAGUAUGCGUGAGUGACUAUGCCUCGGCUCUUCCAUAUCAUUUUGAACGUUCAUCGGCUGAAGGCGCAGGCCAAUCAUUGGGUGCAGUAGCGAUUAACAGCGACUCGGGCCACUCAUGGGACCUUAUCAAGGAUGCCUCGUUUGUGGUAUUUGACAGAGAGCGCGGACUAGAGAUCCUCGGGCCUAGUCCUUCCGUCGAAAUUAUGUUCAACGUCAGCGAUGACGUCCACGAAGCUCCAGUCUAUAUCCCUUCACAAAACCGGCUGGUCUUUGCCGAACUAGCUGUCGGACAUCUACCGCUGCUUUCUGUCGAUUUAAAUCGACAUCCUCCUGUAUUAGAACACUUCCUGCCGGAUCCUCCCAUUUACGUUCCCAACGGUGCUUAUUUCAAGGAUGGCCUGGUAUGGUUUGGCGCCUCCGGGGGCAAUCACACCUCUGGCAAGGAGUUCAAGCCGUCCCUACAGACCUGGGAUCCCGAGACGAACGAAAGCCAAGUCUGGCUCAAUAACUACUUCGGGUAUUAUUUCAACACGAUCGAUGAUUUAGUCGUGCACCCAAUAACAGGUGAUGUCUGGUUCACUGAUCCGAACUACUCGUGGUACACUGGUACUUCAGACACCGCUCCUCAGCUGAAGACGGCCACCUGGCGUUUCAACCCUAAGACUAGAGCAACUCAUAUAGUUGACGAUUCGCUUCAUCAACCUGAUGGCAUCGGGUUUAGUCCUGAUGGAAAGAUCCUGUAUAUCGGAGACAGCGGCGCAUACUCCGGUUCCGACGCGCCGGCGGACCGCGGGAAGAAAGAUACAUGGAACUCUGCUGGAGAGCGGACAAUCUAUGAGUACAAGCUAUCGGAAGAUUACACAUAUCCAGUCAGCAAACGGCCGCUUUAUACCGCUGGAAAUGGUGCUACGGAUGGUGUUCGCUGUGCCCGGAACGGAUAUAUCGUGACAGCGACUGGAGCUGGUCUGGAUGUUAUUGACCAGACAGGACAGCUGAUCCUUCGGGUACAGACUAGUUUCAAUGCUCAGAAUUUCAUAUGGACAGGGAGCAAUUUUGAAACCAUUUGGGUGACUGGCAACGGUGCAAUUGGAAAGGUGGAGAUGAACCUUCCCGGGCAGGUUUUACUGUAA